GUAAGUGAGGGGCUGAGGAGACUGAGCAUGGAUGGGGGACGGGAAACCGUGCGAGCUGGAGAGAAACAGUGAGCCUGUGUGCGCUCCAGAGUCAGCAGCAAGCGAAGGCGCUCUAAGUCCACCGGCUCCCCGUCAACAAGACAGCGUGUGAGGCAGAGCCGACCACUGGCAACUCCGAAGAGUGACACAGACAGUGAGGAGGAGGAGAAGAGGAAGCAGAAGAAGAGGAAGAAGAGGAAAAGGAGGCAGAGGAGGACCGGAGACAGACUACCAGCCCUCCACUGGUAAAAGGAGACAUCACUGAGGGACUGUAGCAUCCUUAAACCCCCUCGAACCCCCCCAAGCCACAACAGCACAGAGGGGCACUGUCUCGUCUCGUGCAUGUGUCUGUGCCUGCCAACUUCAAUUUCACACUCGCCCACAGCUUUUUGUAGGUUUUGCCCUCUCCACUCCCCAGUCAUGAUCCCUUGGGUCCUCCUGCUCCUGUGGAUCUCCGGACACGGGGCAGAGGCCGUGUUUUCCCAGCAGCCACAGGACCUGGUGGUGGUGGCGGGUCAGCCUGUCACGUUACCGUGCACAAUCCCUGGUUACCAUGGCGUAGUCCUGUGGAUCAAAGAUGGCCUAGCGCUGGGAGUUGGCAGAGACCUCGCUGGUUAUCCUCGUUACACGGUGAUUGGCGACCAUGGUUCAGGAGAGCAUCAUCUGCGUAUCCAGCGGGUUGAGCUGAUGGAUGACGCUGUGUUUGAGUGCCAGGCCGUCCAGGCGGCCAUGAGGUCCCGUCCCGCCCGUCUCACUGUGCUGGUUCCCCCAGAGGACCCAGUCAUCAGCGGAGGGCCAGUGGUGAGUCUAAGGGCUGGAGACCCGCUCAAUCUGACGUGCCAUGCUGACAACGCCAAGCCAGCAGCUUCAAUCAUUUGGAUCCGCAAUGGAGAGGUCCUCAAUGGGGCCAUGUACUCCAAGAGCUUGCUGCGGGAUGGCAGAAGAGAAAGCACUGUGAGCACGCUCUACCUUUCAGCCUCCAACAUCGAGACAGGUCAGCAGAUCAUCUGUAAGGCCUCCAACAAGGCAGUUCCCAAUGGCAAGGAGACCAGUGUCACAAUUGACAUCCAGCAUCUCCCACUCGUCAAUCUCUCGGUGGAGCCCCAGCCUGUUCAGGAGGGCAACCCUGUGAAAUUCCACUGCUCUGCAAAGGCCAACCCCCCUGUCACACUCUACAGGUGGGCCAAAGGAGGGAGUAUAAUCAAGGAGGUUUCUGGAGACACGUACGAGGUUAUUGUAGACCAUUCCUUCUUUACGGAACCAGUCUCCUGCGAGGUUACCAACCCUCUUGGCAGCACCAACAUCAGCCGUAACGUUGAUGUUCACUUUGGCCCUCGCAUGGCUGCAGAGCCUCAGUCCUUGCAAGUGGACCUGGGAUCUGAUGCCGUGUUCAACUGUGCAUGGACGGGCAAUCCCUCCCUUACCAUAGUGUGGAUGAAGAGGGGAGCUGGUGUGGUUCUUAGCAAUGAUAACCUCCUGACACUGAAAUCCGUGAGACAAGAAGAUGCUGGGAAAUAUGUUUGCCGUGCUGUGGUCCCACAUGUCGGAAUCGGGGAGAAGGAGGUCUCACUCACUGUCAAUGGGCCACCUACUAUCUCCAGCACACAGACACAGCAAGCGUUACACGGAGAGAAGGGACAAAUCAAAUGUUUCAUCCGAAGUACACCUCCUCCAGACCGCAUUGCUUGGUCAUGGAAGGAAACCGUGUUGGAGUCUGGAACAUCCGGCCGCUACACAGUGGAAUCGGUCACCACAGAAGAAGGAGUGAUCUCCACGCUGACCAUGAGCAACAUUGUCCAAGCUGACUUCCAGACCAUCUACAACUGCACGGCGUGGAACAGCUUUGGCUCUGACACCGAGAUCAUACGCCUUAAGGAACAAGAAUCCCUCCCGGUGGCGGUGAUCAUCGGCAUUGCCCUGGGAGCGUUCGCGGCCCUUAUUGUCCUCAUGGGCACCAUUGGAGCGUUCUGUUGCACCCGCUCCCAGAGAAAGGAAGCGCACCUGGUUAUGCCCUCACUGCCCGUCUCCAUCUGUGCUCACCAGAGAGAACUUGCAAGCAAAAUUAAGACAGAAAAUCUGAAAGGAGCCGUCUCGGCAAAGAAUGACAUCCGGGUGGAAAUCGUGCACAAGGACCACAACGCGGCGCGGGAGAACGAAGAGCACACGUCCAUGAAACAACUGAUGGUUGAGCGAGGAGAAUUCCAGCAGGAGUCUGUUCUGAAGCAGCUGGAGGUAUUACAAGAGGAGGAGAAGGAGUACCAGCACAUUAAGGACCCAACAAACGGCUACUACAGCGUUAAUACCUUCAAGGAGCACCACACGCCUACCACGGCAGGGAAUCAGUCCACAGAAGUUAGGAACCCCUCCAACACAGGUACCCUGGGCAAGCAGCGAGUACCGACUGGCAUGUCCUUCACCAACAUCUACUCCACCCUGGGAGCAGGUCCCAACCGCCUGUAUGACUACAGCCAGCGCUUUGUGCUGGGCAUGGGCAGCAGCUCCAUCGAGCUCUGCGAGCGGGAGUUCCAGCGCGGCUCGCUCAGCGACUCCAGCUCCUUCAUCGACACACAGUGUGACAGCAGCGUCAGCAGCUACAAUAAGCCGGACGGCUAUGUGCAGUUCGACAAAGACAGCAAGGCAUCAGCCUCCUCCUCCUCCCACUAUUCCCAGUCAUCCUCGCAGAACUCUGAUCUCACGCGGCCCCUGCAGAAGCGCAUGCAGACCCAUGUCUGACCACCAGGGAGGGAGGGUGUUUCACCAGGCUGUAACACGAAGUCUGGAUUGUAAAACUGUGAAACAAUUAGCUCCCCUGAGCUGCUAAAGUAACUGUGUUACUGUGUGUUUCCUCUGGACGCCGGGACUGGCUUUAACCCGCCAGAUGACUUGUCCAGACUUCUCAAUGUCCCACAAAAGUGGAUCAAGAGCCUUAUUUUUGUCAUGCUUAACUCAUCAACCACCUUCAUUUUUUAAACACAAAAUCAGAAUUGUGCCACAAAGAGGUUAUUUGCCAACACACAGGCUCGGAGUCUAUAUAUUCAAUACUUGGCUUUGACAGUGGGGAUUGUUGAAUAGGAAUAUGAGGCUUUUGUGUGACAAUCAGUUCCCAUGGCAAAGACAGUGUUUGCCUUUUGAAGAAGAAGAACAGAGUUUGUUGUUAUGAAAGUUGAAGCUCUCAGCACGACAAGCACAAUAAUGAGUGCGAGCCAAUGUCCUGCUGCUCUCCUGCAGUUUGAAGCACAAAAACGAAUGUGCACUUGGUUUUAGUUAAAAAACGAUAACUCUUCCCUCACCCCCCACCUUCCCUUCCGACACUGUAUGCUAAGCGGAACUCGUUGAAACUCGUCUCCUGUGUAGGUGGAAGAAAACUUUCUCCAUGUGCCCACAGACGUCUCGAGCACUGAGAAAGAUCGGCAGUUUUUCUCUCUCCGCAGCUGUAUCUGGGCCACAGAGCCGAGGAGAUAAAGCGGGGCCGAGUUCUCAUUUUAAAUCACUGAGUCGUUAUUUUACUUUGGCACUCUGUGAUAAAAAGAAUAUCAGUGUACAUAUUUGACUGCCAUUUCUUUUUUAGCAUCUAAUUUCUGACUGAUUGCCCUCAUUGAGGACUCUAAACGAGACACGAGCGCCUCUUCUCCCCACAUAUCUUCUUUGCCUUGAGGGUCUGUUUGAACUGUGUCAAUACAAACUUCGACAAAGUGAGAUAGACAUACAGCACCGGCUCCUCUGUCGACGGGGAGUGGAUGUGUACCGCGACAAAUCCAGCUCCGAGGCACCAGCUUCUCGCCGCAGAUCAUCGGCCAUACACUUGGGAAUUAACUGUUAAAUGAAAUGUGGACAUUAUAUUUGAGCCGAGCUCCUUAUUGUGUUGUUAUCCCAUUGGUCGUCAAUAACAUUGUUGACACUGGAGCUGCUGACUGUAUGCCUACCAGCGACCCUGCUGGUCAUCAAGGUACAUCACAUAUUUGGAGAAAGUGUUUCAUUUUUUGCUGUCUGCUGUUCAUGCUGACAUAUUCCAAGUGCAUCAGUUUAUUUUGUUGUCUUCUACACUGUAUGUGACGUGUGAAAUGUAUUAUUUAAUCAGGCUGUAUUGGUUUAGUUGAGAUUAGAGACAGACUAGUGACUAAUCAUGCAGAAACACAAACUCAUACUUUACGUACUUCUACUUUGCAGAAGUGUGCAAAGUGCAGACACUGUCUAGUAUUCCAUCUUUAUUUUGGCCUGGAUGCAACCAAACAUCACAAAAGACCUAACACAAUUUGCCAUCAGAAGACACUGGUGUGUUCUUAAGCUCCCUUACAGCAUACGUUGACUGAUAAGGCCAAACUCUUUAGAGCAACCAUUACAUUUCUGUCACAGCCACAGUGUCACAUGACUUUUGAUUUCAGCCACGAAAAGCCUCAUAUGUUUGAGAUCCCCCCCCCCCCCAAACACACACACACACACCCACACAAAAAGACAAACACAUUUUAUAGAAUCAGCCGGGCUAUCAUUUAAUCAGGUCUUUGAAGUUCCUGGAAAAGAUCUGCAAAAAGCUGUAAAACAGUGGCUCGCGGUAGCAAUGUCCCUUUUGUUUUCUUAAACCAAACCAAAACAGAACACAAAGCAUAAUAUGAUAUAUAUGAUCUAAUUAGGUCGUUUUUUCAGUAUGCUCCAUGGUGCCGCAGUCAGUCGGGAUAAAGUGAGGCUGAAACUAUGAAAUCUGACUCCCGACCUGAGAAAAAAACAAGCCAAGCAUUUCUAACAAACGCAAGUUGUUGUUGUAAGCACUUUGCAUACGAUUAGACUCAAGGCAUUUGAAUGGGGUUUUCCACUUGAGUGGCAUUGGUUUGGACUCUAAUUUUAAAAAUGGAUUGGCGCCCAUUGUACAGCUUAAGACAAAACGCUCUGUUUCAAUGCUGAUAAUCCAGCUUGGCACUUAGCAGACUGUAUAUAAAUCUCCAAUGCUGUGUUUCUCUGUAUAUAAUUUUUUUUCCUGGCUUUUCUUUCCUGCCCAGUCAGAUUUCUCUACAUCGGGAGCUAACAAAUCCACGUGGCUUCAAAACUGUACAGGCUGACAAUCAUUUUCUUUUAAUUUCCUCCUGCUUGUUUCUCUCAAAUUACAUGAAAAGCUUGUGCAAGGAGAUUCUUACCCAGAUCUCACAGGGGAAAACUCACACUCUGCACACAGAGCACACAGGAGGCUAUAGGAUGAGAAGCGGGAGCUUAGCUGGGACAGCUUUGAAGUGAGAUGCAGUAAGAGGUUAUUAUACCUUCAGCCCUUCUGAGAGAUGCCCAGAUGCCCAGAAAUAUAUUACAUAUGGCACCAUGAUGUCUGUCAAGUAUGCUUGAGCCGGGGUUUUUUUUCCAUUUAUUUUCCUCAGGAUUUAUGAGUGCAGGACCACAUUUUUAGCUUGAUAUCGGCAGAAGUCAAUUACAGUGUAGCUACUGCUACAGUGACACAAUUUUCAUUUUUAUUAUUAUUUGCAUAUUUUAUCCAUCAUUUUACAUCCACAGCAUCCAAAGUCAAAAAUGUCCCCCCAUUCAAAACUUCCAGCACAAGACAAACAUUCAACAAUAAAACAAGCAAAAUUUGCCUGUAGUCUAAAGGUUUCAGUUUUCCUUAUCUGUUGCCGUUCCGACACUGAUCCAAACAUGAUGCAUUUUCCCAGUCCAGGGAAUCUGCACUCUGCAGAGCAAACAUAAAUAUUUGAUAAGCCCCAGCCUUCUGUCCCGACCCCCCUCCCGUACAGCAGCAGCCACAGUGGGUGUGAGAGCUCCAUAGGAUGCGAGUGCCAUGUCCAUCAUUGGGAAUCGAAGCCCGUGUGGGAAAUCUGACCUGUUCACCUGUGGACGAUCGCCCUGGCUGGUGCUGGCGGGGCCUGUUUGUCAGAUGCCAGGGCAGAACAGAUGAAUAAACACAAAGACCCACAACGAUUACAAAAGGGGUUGCUGCCCUUUCCUGAUAAAACAAGAGCUGCGCUUCCAGAGCAGAGGAUACAGUUCUCGGACUUAAUUAAUUAAAGGACAGUAAUGUGGUGAGACACAGAGGUUAUGAGCAGUGUCAGGUAUAGGAUAGGUGUUUGUAACGGAGUCUCUGCCUGACUGAAGGUCCCAUUUGAAAUCCUGGAUCGAUCAUAAUAACCCUUCUUUCUUUACUGUGUAAAUGCUUUCUAUGACUCUGUUUCUCUCUUUCUCUCUCACUUCUGUUAUUUUCUACCAAUCAACCUUGUUAGUACUUUAAUGACAUACUAAUGUAAGGGCUGGACUGGGUAGUAUUUGCAAACGUCCCCCAGAGUUUGCUUUAACCUGAAGGGCACACCGGGGACGCUGUGUGUUUUGGUUUUGCUGCGUCCAGUGUACAAUAAGGCCACAGAGAAACUGAAAAGCAUUUGAAAGUCAAAUGAGUUUGCUUCUGUGAUUGGUUGAAUCGUUCUGUAUAAUGCAAAAUAGUUUGCAAAUACUACAGGACCCAGGUCAAUAAAAAAGUACUGAACUCACAUGGUCAUUUGAAGAGUUUGUAUAAAUAAUGAACCAUAAACACACAGUAAUAGUGAUGAAAAGACAACAUGUAAAUUAUAAACGGUGAACUGCUAUUUUCAGGCGGUGGCCCUCUGUAUCUAAGAAAAAAAAAUCUGAAAAAAGUUGUAUUUUAACUGUACUGGUCUGUGAAUCUAUGAUGCUUUUGCUCUGUAUAUUUGGAGAAUAAAAAUGUUGUUUGAGUUUGA